AGACCACCUCCGUCUCGCGAGAGUUGCACCAGCUGAUCGGCAACAUGGCUGACAUUUCGGAAGGCCAGAUACGUGAGAGCAUCGCAGAAAUCUUGAAACAUGGGGACCUGACCACCUUGACCUCCAAGUCAGUGAGGAAGAUGCUUGAAAACAAGUUUGGAGUUGAACUGACAGAAAGAAAGAAGGAGAUAGACAACAUGCUGAUGGCCAUGAUCGAGGCUAAACAGGAGGAGAAUGGACAACACAGCAGCUCAGACUCGUCAGAUGACUCAUUUGCCCCAGAACCCCCAAAGAAAAAAGCAAAGACGUCAGCAAAGCCACCACCUAAGAAAAAAAUGCCCAGCAAAAAGCCAGCACCGAAAACAAAAGGGAGCAAUUCCUCCAGAAAAACAGCAGACAAUUCAUCGGACGAAGAUUCAGAUGCAGCCAAUGAUGAGGAGCUGGCGAGGAAACUCCACGCUGAGGAGAACAGAACGUCCAUGCGCGCCGUGAAAAAGGCACCGAAGAGGAAGAGGAAGAAGAAAGAUUCAGAUGAUGACAGUGAUGAUGAUUUUGUAGAGAAACCAAAGAGAAAAAACUCCAUGUACUCCAGAGAGAUGGUUCUGUCUCCGGACCUGGCUGCUGUGGUUGGAGGAGAAAAGAUGCCCAGGAGUGAGGUAGUGAAGAGGAUGUGGGCUGUGAUUAAGGAGAGGAAACUGCAGGAUCCCAGCGACAAACAGUACAUCAUCUGUGAUGAGCAACUCAUGAAAGUCUUUGGUGAACGUCGACUGAAGCCAUUUGGAAUGAUGAAGUACCUUAAGAAUCACAUCAUGGACCCGAAAGCUUCGUAAGGGAGACUUUGUACCCCUUUGUUUUAUCGGAGAGGUCUGGCCUGCCAUGCUAUGGGUUUAUCUAUUGAGAUUUUUAUAACAUUAAGUUGCACUGCCUUUCUAUAUGUGGGAAGCAGUAUAUGUGCCUGAUGUACAGAUUGUGCCGGAGAGUAAACUUGAACUUGAUGGGAAUAACAGGCAAUAUUGCAGUAUUUUUGUACAGAGAGAUGAUCAAAAGGUUUUCAGUAUGAGCAAUGCCUGAUAGAUGGUUGCAGUAUGAUGAUAUUGGACUGUGCAAUGUGAAGAAGUACACUGUGGGAAUGUACACGCCUUGUUAAAAAGUCAUUUUCUAGUCUGACCUUCUCCAAUGACUUGUGUUAGACUGUGGGAGAUACAUGUAAAUUGAGCAGCCACAAGGGUUAUAUUUGUUUAACCCUCUCUUGCUAAGGUAGACUUUUUGGCUCCUAUUUUGUUUUUGAUACAAAGCUAGGUAGUAGGUAUAAGGUUAAUCCACACCUGGUGACUGCUAGCUUAUGUUGGUCUGUAGUGGCUAAAAUGACAGCUGGAUUAUGCAUGUAAGUAAGGUAUACAUUGUCAGGGCUGCUAUUGAUAUAUGCGUGUAUAAGACUGAGAAACACUUGUUUGGACAGUGUCCUGCAAGUAUCCGAUUGGUGGCUGCUAAGACAACUUUUGUUAAACUUUAUGUUUUGGUAUUAUGGACCAGAAUGGUCAGCAUUGGUCAGUUUUGGAUGGCUGAUUUGGCUACAGUGGUAGUUGUGGUAAGACUUGUGGAAUAUUGUGGAAUAUUACUGACCAUGCACAGUGAGGCAUUUGUAAGAUUCAUUUCAUAUCAUAAAAGAGAAAGCUGUUUAUCUUCAAAUGUCUUUGCAAAAAAGGUCACAUAGAGGUGCUUGACAAUGAGAUGAAAAAAAAUUGCAAUAGGUCUUCCCAUAGAUUCAACUGAAUUCAUGUUAGCUACUUCAGCUGUAUGAUUUGUUGCAGCAUUUGCAAUCAUUAUGAUGGACGGAAGAAGAUAGUCUAGUCAAUGAUAUCAUAGAGGUUGGCACAUAAUGUUACCUAAAUGACACACAGAAACCGAGUCUCAGUUACAAAGUUUGAGUUUAUUCAAAAAGGUGCAAGUUACAUUGUAAGUUAUGUUGCCGCUGGCAUAUAUAUCUAUAUAUAUUGAUGCAGUUACUUCUAGUUUACAUUUGUUCUGUUAAAAUGUUUCUCAUUAUAAAUAUAGCAAAGUACUAUCAAUGAGUAGUUCUUGAUUUGAGUAAAGCAGAAUAUCUAGUCAAUCUCAAUCAUGCUUAAAUCAAGGUAUACUAUUAUUUCUAUUAUAGUACAAAAUUAAAGUAAAAUGAAGAUUACUAAUCAAAAAUCAUACAUAUAUCUUUGUGUGCAAUUGUAAGAAGUGUUUGUUGCACAGUAAAUUUAUUCCAUAUAUUUAUGCUUCUAAAAUCAUAUUAUAUGUAAUAGACAUAGUCAGAAGUUCUCAGAACAAAAACAAUGGCAUUUACUGACAUGGUCUAUCUUUCUUUACUUAUUUCUUACCAAAAUCUUGUUAUCUAUAUCUGCACUACAAUAUUUUGUAACUUCAGAAAAAGAAUUGUUAUUCAUUGUAAGCAAAUCAUGACAUGAUAUGGACAGCUGAUGCAGCUGAAUAUUUGUGAAAGAUGUACUAGGUAGAAAGCACUUAAUAUAGUAUAUAUAUAUAUAGUAUACAUUUCUUUUGAAAGUUAUUGUUCAAGUACAUGAACCAACUUUUCAAGUACAUGUACAUUGUACCAAGUUUUCCAAAGCUCACACAUAGCUAUGUGUUACACACACUGCCAAGUAAGCCUUCAUCCUUGAGUACUAGUUGCAGGCAGUUAGUGACAGACACUUGCAAAUAAAAGUGAGGCUACAGUGUUUGUGCUGUGUCUGUGUGACUCUAAUACAAUACUCGUUGAUUAUACAGGACACCGUUAUAUAGAAUACGCAAAUAGAAUGAAGGCAUAACUACAUGUAAAUAGACAGCACAGUUUACGUCUGUACGUCGGUCUUGAGUUCAUUGUGUCGACUAAAAUGUGGUUCCUUUUAGUAAUGCUAGCAUGUAUUGGCACAAAGAAGAAAGUCCAAAUACUAUUAAAUGACGCUCCUUACAGACAAACUGCAAUCCCCACAUGUGGCCUGGGACCUGAUCAUGAUAUUAAUGAACUGUGGAGGACCGACGUGGUUACAUCCAUGCCAAAAUGUGCUAGGAUACAUCCAAACAAUUCUCAGA